AUGCCACGGAAGGAAUUCCUAAGAGAUCUUGCAGAGGCUGCGGUCCCUGGUCACUUCUCCUAUAUCGCCGAGAUUAGUGCAGGGGAGUGCGAUGGAUCAAUUUCCUUCACUUUCGCAGCACCUGAGACCAGCCUCAGGCUUGACUUUCAGGCCAUAGUAUCAGAUUCUCACGACUACCCAAAGGACCACAGCUUUUUGGUCUUCUCGUCGUCCGAGAACUGUCCAAUCACCGUUACAUCCUCCCUGGAAAAACAAGUGCCUCAGUUCAUAGGCUCAACAAUCCAUGACGUGCUGAUCAAGAUUGAGGAUAUCAUCACCAAUUGCAUCAUCUAUCCUGACUCGGCAUCCACUGACCCAGAGCAGGCUGACACACCAGACUUCGACGACGCGGGGUCAGCUGGUCACGAUAGCGAGUCGGUUCCUAACAUCAGCGAGCCAGGCUGGGAGUCUGAUGAUGAGGACAUCACAUUUCUACGUACUCCAAGUGAGACCAAGCUACGAGAGAUGAUUCGCCAAGACUUUCGUGCGGUCAAGGAUGCGGGAUUCAAGGUGGGAUACCUGGGGUCAAAGUUUGAAACAAUUAUUGUGUCUGUAGCUUGCCGCAUUGCUAAGCUUGGGAUUUCCGAGGAAACUAUGAAUGCAUGGGGCGUCGAACCCUCGGAGUAUCUAGUUUUGCUGAUCCGUUAUCACCCAACAUAUCUCGAUCUCCGAACAAUCCUCGAGACAGCAAGCGAUGUGAAGGAUGAAUUGAUUAGGAUGCAUGUUGGUCUUUGUACUUCAUACAAGCCGCACUUAGAUCACGCCCUCGAAGCUAUCCAGGGAUCUCAAAACCGACAGCCAGCAUCAGACACAACAAUACAUGGCCAUCUUCUCAAACCGCUCUUCAUUGGAAGAUCACUCAAUCUACUUCUCGAAGAGCGACUGCUUGGGAUAAUCAAGCUUCGGGUCAAACAUGGGUUUUCGUGGACAGGGGCAGAGCUCUUCUUCCAAACCAACCAAUGCAAGAUUUACAGCGACUCUGAUACCCUUUCUGAGGAGUAUCACCAGUCAGAUAGCUGGGCAACUUCGACCCCAGCAAUCCUCGUGACUGAUCAUCUGGCUGAAGUAGAGCGCAAUACUUCCAAGAUAUCUCUACCCCUUCUUGCUAUGCAGUUUACUCUUCGACAUUUUGUAAAGUGCACCGAAUUUUGCCUUGUUUGUCACUGCAAGACCGGUGAUACCUUCGAAGCACUGAAGCCAUAUGUCUGCUCCAGUGGAUUAUGUCUGUAUCAAUUCAUGGAGCUGGGCAUGGGCCCAAGUCUCGAAUAUGAAAUCCGCUCACAGCCCUUUGUCGUUGAUCUGCUGGUCAGUCUGGCAUAUGCCAGAUCUAUGCGGGGGCUUCUUGAAGACUUUCCCACUGGUCUUCGGCUUCGCGUUCCUGGGCAAAUGUUCCCAGAAAAUGUGCGAGCAUCUACUCCACGCCAUAUUGCAAACUUGUACAUACACCCAGACAGAAUUGAUCUUCGACCAAAAGUGAUCACUCCAAUCAAAGUCGGUGAUUGGAUUGUCAUCAUGGAAGGGGGCCAAGUUCCAGGAGUAAACGAAUGGCAUUGCCGUGUCAAAAGCAUUGAUAAAGCCUUGAACAAUAUUCUCAUCUCACCUCCAAUGUGCCAAGGUCAACAAUUGCGGCCAGAAGAACUACCAUCUGAGGUCAAGUUAGUGAACUUUGUUAUUUAUGACACCAACUUGGACGAUUUGACACCCCAAAUGAAACAGAAGAUGAUUUGCUGUCUGUUCAAUGUGCUCCCUAGUGUGGAGGAUAUGAAAACAUUCAUCGGAAGCUAUGGAAGAGGGAAGCCUCUUUCAUCAUGGGAAGACGUCAUGUCUCCCGCUGGGAUAGACCUUUUACGCUGGAUUAUUGCAUCGAAUCGAUCUUUUAUCGUACAGGAUGACAAUGAGCCUCGAUACCAAGUGGGUGGGAUGAAAGGUUACAUCCAAUUCCGAUUUGCUCAAGGGGCGGCCGACAAAGAAGAGCGUUUCAUCGAUGCCGUCAAUUCCGUCUCUGCGUCCGAGAAUCCAGAAAAUCCUACGUUCUUUGCCUGGCAUGGCAGUCCCUUGCACAAUUGGCACAGUAUUCUACGAGAAGGCCUUCAUUUCAAACGAAUUAGCCAUGGUCGUAGUUGUGGCGAUGGCGUUUAUUUGUCAAAUUUCUUCCAUACCUCAUUGGUAUACACUGCGAACCAAAUGUCUCUCAAUUGGCCCAGCAAUCGUCGAUUGAAACUCGCAUCAGUGAUCUCGCUGAACGAGGUUGUCAAUGCCCCCGAGAAAUUCGUGAGCUGCAGCCCGCACUACGUUGUGCAACACCUAGACUGGAUUCAGCCUCGGUAUCUUUUCGUCCAACUGCAAGGUUCCUAUGUCCCAGUGAAUCCACGUGUCUCGGCUGCGAACUGGAGUAUCGCAGGGCCCCCAAGACCACAGCCAUCCCCUUACGGGUAUGAUGGAAUACGUUUCUACAAACAAGAUAAGCGCCAUAUUGCCAUUGGUCCUGACGGAAAGCCAAUACGAAUUCCCCUGUCGAUAAUUAGCGGCCAACAAGGGAGAGCCCUCCGUAUUGCUGCAGAGAUAGGACGCACAAGCCUUGUAGCAUCAUCUAUGAGUUACACCAAAAGACGCAAAUACUCAGCCGAAGCCACCGAAGAGCAUGAAGAUGACGACAAUCUCAGCGUUGAAACAACCGCAGAAGAUCUCGAUGCUCUUCUAUCAGAUGAUGAAACAUCCGACGAUUGCAUACAAGAAGAGCCCGUCCCAGCUUUCAACUCCCAGUCCAAUUUCCAGCCCGGAACACUAGAGGGAGAUUCAUUGCCUACACUUGCUGCACCUCAGUAUGCAACAACCUCAGCCACAAAAAUCCUACAGCACCAGCUCAACACUACCAUCAAAACCCAGCAGAAAGUGCCUCUCCACGAGCUGGGAUGGUACGUCGACCUCAACCUGAUCACAACCGUCUACCAAUGGAUCGUGGAGCUGCACUCCUUUGAUCCAGCCCUUCCACUAGCCAAAGACCUCAAAGCCGCCAAUCUGAAAAGUAUUGUUCUUGAGCUCCGCUUUCCGCCUCAGUUCCCCAUGGACCCGCCAUUCGUACGGGUUGUUCGCCCUCGCUUCCUCCAAUUCGCUGCUGGCGGCGGCGGCCACAUUACCACCGGUGGCUCAAUGUGCAUGGAACUGCUUACGCACUCGGGCUGGCUGCCGACGGCUUCGAUUGAGAGCGUGUUGCUGCAGGUUCGUAUGGCUAUUAUCAAUACCGAGCCGCGGCCUGCACGUUUGAAUCUACGCUCUGCAAGAAUGGACUAUUCGGUGGGUGAGGCGGUGGAAGCAUACAAAAGGGUUUCAAUAGCGCAUGGAUGGGAGAUUUCGAAGGAUAUUCAGCAACUUGCUUGGUGA